AUGGUUUUAGCAGAUCUUGGGCGCCGAAUUAAUGGUGCCAUUAGCGAUCUCACAUCGUCGAAUGUUGUGGACGAUGCUGCGCUGGACGCGCUUCUUAAAGAGGUUGCGCUGGCGCUGCUGGAGUCCGAUGUUAAUGUGCACCUGGUCAACAAGCUGCGCAACAACGUCAAGGCUAAGGUGAACUUGGGAGAUGAAACACCUGGUGUGAAUAAAAAGCGUGUAAUUCAAAAGGCAUUGUUUGACGAGCUGACGGCGCUUGUGGACGGACAGCAACAACAAGAGCCGUUUCGUCCCAAGAAGGGUCGAUCCAAUGUGAUUAUGUUUGUUGGUCUUCAAGGUGCCGGUAAGACAACGACGUGUACGAAGCUGGCGUCGUACUACCACCGCCGUGGAUUCAAGACAGGUCUUGUUUGUGCAGAUACAUUCCGUGCUGGUGCGUUUGACCAGCUUAAGCAGAAUGCUACCAAGGCCAAGAUUCCAUACUAUGGUUCUUACACGGAGAUGGAUCCAGUUAAGGUGUCUAAGGAGGGUGUGGACAAGUUUAAGAAAGAAAAAUUUGAGGUCAUUAUUGUGGAUACAUCUGGUCGACAUCGUCAAGAGGACGCAUUGUUCCAGGAGAUGGUUGAGAUCGGACAGGCUGUAAAACCCAAUCAAACCAUUAUGGUGCUCGAUGCGUCGAUUGGUCAGGCUGCGGAGGCGCAGAGUAAGGCAUUUAAAGAGUCUUCUAAUUUCGGUGCUAUAAUAUUGACCAAGAUGGACGGACACGCUAAGGGAGGUGGUGCGAUUUCUGCGGUAGCUGCGACCAAGACUCCGAUUGUGUUUAUUGGUACCGGUGAGCACAUUAAUGAUCUGGAACCGUUUUCCCCAACGUCAUUUAUUUCGCAGCUGCUGGGAAUUGGCGAUUUGGCUGGCCUAGUUGACCAUGUGAAGGGUUUACAGCUUGACAAUAAAAGCACAAUGAAGAACCUGCAGCAGGGUAUUUUUACUCUGCGAGAUUUGCGGGAUCAAAUGAGUAACUUGACCAAGAUGGGGCCUCUGAGCAAGAUUGCUGGUAUGAUGCCUGGCAUGGGUCAGCUGGCGUCGUCGCUUGGUGAAAAUGAAUCUGCAGAUCGUGUCAAGGCGAUUGUGUGUGUAUUGGACUCGAUGACACCCAAGGAACUUGACAGUGAUGGCAAGAUUUUCAAGGAUCAGCCAUCGCGAGUGCUGCGAGUAGCGCGUGGCAGUGGACGAAGCGUGAGGGAGGUUGAGGAAGUUCUUCAGCAACAACAAAUGAUGGCCAAGAUGGCCAAGAACUUUGGAGGAAAGAACGGUCUACUGAACAGUAUGGGUAAUCCUGCCGCGAUGCGCAAUAAUCCGCAGUUUGCAGCUGCUCAGCGACGCAUGGCACAGAUGAUGGGUGGUGCAGGAGGAGCUGGUGGAGCUGGUGGUCUUCCUGGCAUGGGUGGAGCUGGUGGCAUGCCUGAUUUGGGCGCGCUUGCUCAGAUGAUGGGUGGUGGCCAGGGCGGAAUGCCGGACAUGUCUGCGAUGAUGAACAACCCCGCAGUGCAAAAGAUGAUGCGACAAUUUGGAAUGUAA